AGAGAAGAUGGCGGAAGCGGAGUGAGUGACUUGCUGGUGACUGAUGUCGUAGCCGGCGGGGCGAAUUUAAGGACCACAGUACAGCUAUGGAUAGUGAACCAAACCCUGGGACAUCUUCUGUGUCGACAACAACCAGUAGCACCACCACCACCACCAUCACCACUUCUUCCUCUCGGAUGCAGCAGCCACAGAUCUCUGUCUACAGCGGUUCAGACCGACAUGCCGUACAGGUAAUUCAACAGGCCUUGCAUCGUCCCUCCAGCUCUGCGGCUCAGUACCUGCAGCAAAUGUACGCCGCCCAGCAGCAGCACUUGAUGCUGCACACCGCGGCUCUGCAGCAGCAGCACUUGAGCAGCUCGCAGCUGCAGAGCCUGGCUGCUGUUCAGGCAAGUUUGUCCAGUGGAAGACCACCUACAUCCCCCACAGGGAGUGUCACGCAGCAGUCCAGUAUGUCCCAGACAUCUAUCAACCUCUCCACUUCUCCUACACCUGCACAACUGCUAAGCCGUUCCCAGGCUUCCAGUUCUCCCAGCGGCAGCAUUACCCAGCAGACAAUGUUACUAGGGAGUACCUCCCCUACUCUAACGGCAAGCCAGGCUCAGAUGUACCUCCGAGCUCAGAUGCUGAUUUUCACCCCCGCUACCACUGUGGCUGCUGUACAGUCUGACAUUCCUGUUGUCUCGUCGUCAUCGUCAUCUUCCUGUCCGUCUGCAGCUACUCAGGUACAGAAUUUAACAUUGCGAAGCCAGAAGUUGGGUGUAUUAUCUAGCUCCCAGAAUGGUCCACCAAAAAGUACUAGUCAAACCCAGUCAUUGACUAUUUGUCAUAACAAAACAACAGUGACCAGUUCUAAAAUCAGCCAACGAGACCCUUCUCCUGAAAGCAAUAAGAAAGGAGAAAGCCCAAGUCUGGAAUCACGAAGCACAGCUGUCACCCGGACAUCAAGUAUUCACCAAUUAAUAGCACCAGCAUCUUAUUCUCCAAUUCAGCCUCAUUCCCUAAUAAAACAUCAGCAGAUUCCUCUUCACUCACCACCUCCCAAGGUUUCACAUCAUCAGCUGAUACUACAACAGCAGCAACAGCAAAUUCAGCCGAUCACUCUUCCGAAUCCGAGUCAAGACCCACCCCCAUCGCAGCACUGUAUUCCACUCCAGAACCAUGGCCUUCCUCCAGCUCCCAGCAGUGCUCAGUCACAGCAUUGUUCACCGAUCCAGAGUCACCCUUCUCCUUUAACAGUGUCUCCGAGUCAGUCACAGUCAGCACAGCAGUCUGUGGUGGUGUCUCCCCCACCAUCUCAUUCACCAAGUCAGUCUCCUACUAUAAUUAUCCACCCACAAGCACUUAUUCAGCCACACCCUCUGGUGUCAUCAGCUCUCCAGCCAGGGCCAAAUUUGCAGCAAUCUGCUGCUAAUCAGGUACAACCUCCAGCACAGCUCAACCUUCCAUCCCAUCUUCCACUUCCAGCUUCCCCUGUUGUACACAUUGGCCCCGUUCAGCCAUCUGCCUUGGUCUCCCCAGGCCAGCAGAUCGUUUCUCCAACAUCACACCAGCAAUAUUCAACCCUGCAGUCAUCUCCAAUCCCAAUUGCAACCCCUCCACAGAUGUCGACAUCUCCUCCAGCUCAGAUCCCACCACUGCCCUUGCAGUCAAUGCAGUCCUUACAAGUGCAGCCUGAAAUUCUGUCCCAGGGCCAGGUGUUAGUGCAGAAUGCUUUGGUGUCAGAAGAGGAGCUUCCAGCUGCAGAAGCUUUGGUCCAGUUGCCAUUUCAGACUCUUCCUCCUCCACAGACCGUUGCGGUAAAUCUACAAGUACAGCCACCAGCACCUGUUGAUCCACCAGUGGGAAUGCAUUUGAACCAGUGUCAUCUGCACAAAGUUUUUUCUCUUAAGGUUUAUCAGGUGGAAGAUGUGUGUGAAGAAGAAAUGGCGGAAGAGACGGAUGAAUGCGUGCGAAUGGACAGGACUCCGCCACCACCCACUUUGUCCCCAGCGGCUGUCACUGUGGGCAGAGGAGAGGAUCUGACUGCUGAACAUCCUUUGUUAGAGCAAGUGGAAUUACCUGCUGUAGCGUCGGUCAGUGCUUCAGUAAUUAAAUCUCCAUCAGAUCCCUCUCAUGUCUCCGUUCCUCCACCUCCGCUCUUACUUCCGGCUGCUACCACGAGGAGUAACAGUGCGUCUCUGCCCAGUGGCAUGCCCAACGUGGAAAACAAGCCUCCCCAGGCUAUUGUGAAGCCGCAGAUUUUGACCCAUGUUAUUGAAGGCUUUGUUAUUCAGGAGGGCUUGGAGCCAUUCCCAGUGAGCCGUUCAUCGUUGUUGAUAGAACAACCUGUGAAAAAAAGGCCUCUUUUGGAGAAUCAGGUGAUGAAUUCUGUGUGUGUUCAGCCAGAGCUACAAAAUAAUACAAAACAUGCAGACAAUUCGUCUGACACAGAAAUGGAAGACAUGAUCGCUGAAGAGACAUUAGAAGAAAUGGAUAGUGAGUUGCUCAAGUGUGAAUUCUGUGGAAAAAUGGGCUACGCUAAUGAAUUUUUGCGGUCCAAACGGUUCUGCACUAUGUCGUGUGCCAAAAGGUACAAUGUUAGCUGUUCUAAAAAAUUUGCACUUAGUCGUUGGAAUCGUAAGCCUGAUAAUCAAAGUCUUGGGCAUCGUGGCCGUCGUCCGAGUGGUCCUGAUGGGGCAGCAAGAGAACAUAUCCUUAGGCAGCUUCCCAUUACUUAUCCAUCUGCAGAAGAAGACUUGGCGUCCCGGGAAGAUUCUGUGCCAUCUGCUAUGACAACUCGUCUGCGCAGACAGAGCGAGCGGGAAAGAGAACGCGAGCUUCGUGAUGUGAGAAUCAGGAAAAUGCCCGAGAACAGUGACUUGCUGCCAGUUGCCCAAACAGAGCCAUCUAUAUGGACAGUUGAUGAUGUGUGGGCCUUCAUCCAUUCUUUGCCUGGCUGCCAGGAUAUUGCAGAUGAGUUCAGAGCACAGGAGAUUGAUGGACAAGCUCUUCUCUUGCUGAAAGAAGACCAUCUCAUGAGUGCAAUGAAUAUUAAGCUAGGGCCAGCCCUAAAGAUCUGCGCACGCAUCAACUCUCUGAAGGAAUCUUAACAGGAAGCCGAGGCUUUGACACAUCAGCUUUUGCCCUUCUGCAGCAGAUGUGCAAGGUAAAGGCCUAAUUCAGCCUGGAAUAUUGAGCUUGCUGUGGUGGAGAGCCAAGCACAUUGGGAUUUCUGCACCAAAUGCUGACAUUGCUUCUACAGAUAAAACAAUUCAUCAUACAUUUUCAUAAUUAGCCAGCAUUGGUGAGAUUAAUUUUGCAGAGAUUUCAUGCAACAUUAGAAGACUUGUUAGAGAAGGCCAUAAUAUUUUUCGAAGAAAUGUGUUAUACAAAUACUUUUUUAAAGGUAAUGCUUAUCAUUAAUGCAAAGAAUCCUUUUUAAAGCAAUUAAUUUACAUUUCUCCUUACUCAGUUUCUUAUACAUUUUUCUACCCUGUUAGUUUUCUAAGGGUUGUCAUUAGAGAUAUGUUAAGAAUGAAUUAUGAGUCCAGUGACAGAAUCACAUGCAGUGGAAUAUCAAUGUGCAUUUGAAAAAAAAAACACGUCUUUUAUGCAAAUGUUUCAUCUUUAAAGAAGGAUUAUGUUUCAGCUUGAAUAAUACGGAUCUGGAAAUCAAAAGAAUUCGUUUCUGUUCCAAACUUCACCAGGAAUUUGGCUGAGAAAAAGGUGGUUUUCCUUUCUGUUUCUGUGCAGUAAAAGUAGAUGUUCUCAAUGGAAGUCACUUUUUCUCCUCAGAGGACAUUUGACAGUGUCCAGAAUCUUUGGCUGUCACAGCUCAGAGUUAAUGCUGAGUGAGGGCUGCCACUGGUAGCUACUGGGUGCAGGCUGAGUGGCGAGCCAUGCCCAGGACAGCCCUCCACCAGCAGAUAUCUGGUCCAGGGGUUUAGCAGCACCAAGGGUGAGAAACUGGGAUGUAGAAAGAGUGAUAGGGGUUGCUGUUUUCCACCCAGAGAACAUUUUUGAAAGAUAAUAAAGGAUACAUAUACAGUGGGACUAUUAUUCAGGUAGUAUAAUAUUCCAGUGAAAUGCUUUUUCUAGUUUUAUGCACACCGGAAAAUGAAAAAGAAAUCCACCAAACUCAAUUAUAAAGUAAGGACUACCAUAUACUUAAUUUGAGAAAAGAAUGCUUUCUAUUGUGCUUCUGAUCGAGUCAUAAUCCAAUUACGCCAUGAAGCAGCACACCCUUCCUUGCAAGGAGGUGGUUUGUGGUAGAUACUGGUUGCUCUGUGGAAUUUUCCUGGUGUUGAAAGAGCUGGGACUAGCUGGAAUGCACAUUGCUUUUUCCUUUACUAAACUGUUGCAUGCUUUCCUUCAAAGCACUUGCAGUGUUUUCUCUGGAUGAUCCAGAUCUGAUUGUAUAUGGACCUAUUGUAGGGGAAAACCAUCCCUUGAACAGUUCUGUGGAGUCGGGAAGCGUAAGCAGCAGUGCUUGUGGGAAUCCUAAGAGCACCCUAGUCCUGGAUAUCAGAGACUUUACGAUGAUGAACGUUUUGUUUUAGUCUUUUCCUGUUUCUUCCAUAUACCACAUGCUGAUGUCUCACUAACUGCAGGAACACAUACGGUAUCUGGCAGAAGUUCAGUCAGUGGAGAAAGAAGUGUCCAAGGGUUUCAUUCUCACUGCUCUUUUCACAAAAAUUGUGUUGAGCUAGUAGAAGACUAAGAUGUCCCUAAAGACAUCACAGAUGUUUAUCUUUUGGCUUUGUGUACAUUAGAGAAUGUUGAUUAUUUUUAUACAAAAAUACAGCGGGUAAUUUUUUUAAUCUCUAGAUGCCUCCUGUUUGAAUGUAUGCUUUGUGGGAUUCCUUGUGUAGUAAUGUUCAAAAAAAUGUUUACCAAUAGUUCUGUGUAGGAUUAGAAAAUUUAACAUAACGUAAGGCUCAUGCUCCAGACCUAUUGUAAGUUGCAGUUUAUGUUACAUAUUUCUUUAUAUCACAUUUUGAUUGCUGUCCUAGGGUUUCAAAGAAGGUAGAUACUCUAGUCAGUUUUCAUUUGUUCACAGUUCAUUGUUAUCAAACAAAUCAUUAUACACUCGCCUUUUCUCCCAUCUUGCAAUUUCAGAAUACAAAUUCAGGAUAGGCAUUAGUGAGGCACGGCCCCCUGUGUGAGGGACGGAGCGUGGAGGAGUCCCCCCUGAGACUAGAACUCUGUCCUCGCUAAUCUGCGCCUACCACGAUGCUGGCUGCUGGGGCUGGGUCGCCCUGGCACUACCAUUAGCUCCCAAGCUGCUGUAGGUAUAGCCUUUCAGGUACCGACUGCCAACUGUGUUGUAGGUUCUUGUUUUUUUGUUUUGUUUUGCUUUUGUUUUUGCCUCUGCUAAUAUUAGUCAUUCUGUACUUACUGAAAGCUAGUACCUAGCACAAUCCAGAAGGGGCUUACAGAAAGUUUCUAUUAAUGAAUGCCUUAUAAUCUGAAAUCUCAAGACUGGUCAUGACCUUCUGUUGUCUUUACUCAAAACCUAGCCAGAAUACACGAUCGCUGUUUUGAGGAGCCUUGUUUUUAAACGGUUCAUUUACUGUCAGUUGGCUGUUACUUCAUAGUUUCUUGUUUGUGCAACCCCUCCCAUGAUCUGUUCAUCUCAAGGCUGUCGGCUUUGUAUAAUGAAUACGCAGAUGACACUGCAUGUCAGUGCUGUUUCGGUAUGGCUUGGGGGGAAGGCCACUAUUUCCCCUGCCUUUAAAUUACUAACUAGAGUUCAGCUGGGGAGAGGGCAUGGAAAGCAGAGAGGGAACAUGGGCGGUUCUUCUUACUUCUGCUCUAUAAGUUUGUAUUUCUAAUUUCUUUGAAUCUUUUCCCAUUGAAGGAAAAAACUACAAGUCUAAAUUUUUAUUUGCUCAAAGCUUUGUGUUCUUUGGGAAGUAAGCAAUUUAUUUGUAAAAGUUGUUUUUAUGUGACAUUAAUAUUCAUCAAGCCUUGUAUAGUCAUGUGUAAAACACAGCUAUGCAACUGUGAUAGAGCCAGUACAGGCUGAGAGAGUGCUGUCCGUUAGAAUGGUAUAGAAUAUUUCCAUGAUGAGACCUUCAGCUUUGCUCUGGAAUUCCCUAAAAAGCACAUUUUUUUUUACCAUUAUAUUUUAAGGGCUGGGAUCUAGGAGUGGGUAGAAUGGAAUAGAAGGAAAGAUAUGUUAGCACAAAAGCUUGAGAAGGGGAAAGAGGCAGGCAGGGCAGUCUGCCGCCGUUCUUAGUUGGCAUGCACUUCAACAUUGAAUACAUUUCUGCACUUUGGAAGCGAAUAUUCAUGUUUUACCAAAUUUAAAAUAGAAGUGAGUUUUAAUAGGCAUCCCUCUGUUAAUUUUUUGUUUUCUCAUGUGUUGGAACUUUUAGAACCGUAUGAAAGAAUACAGUAAUCAUGCUUUGAAUAAUUUUUGAGAUACCUAAUCUUCAUAUAGCAAGUGUAAAAUUAUAAUCAAACAUCGAACCACAGACACAAAUCUUUGAUUGUAAUCUUAGCAUCCCAUUUCACUUGCUUGUUGAAUUGAAUAUUUUUAAAGCCUGUUAUUUACGUUUCUAUGGUUUUGUUAAUUGCCAUGGCACAAGUAUGACAGGGAGGCAGUGUAGUUACGUCUUGGGCCAAUUUUACAAAUGUAUAAACAAUUUUGGAAAGUGUAAACUGAAUGAAGCCGACUUCAUAGCUGUAACCAGUGGAUGAAAUCUACAGCUACACAUUUUCCACCACAAAAGGCUAUUAUAGUUCUUGGUUUGGAAACUCUCACUCUUGGUGAAUAGCAGCUGUCCCUACUGUUUAAUUCCAUGGAGCAUUUAGCUGUCUGGUGUGAAGGGGUCUCACCUCUGUACUCCUAGCACUUUCUCGAGCUGCAGAUGAACUAUGUCAAAAUUUUAGUAGCGACCUUUGCCUGCGAUCCUUAGAAACUUCUGUGGUGGGGCUCACUUUAGGAAGGGAGGCAGCUGGGGCAGGACAUGACCAUCAGGUUACAGCGACACCGUUGGCAGUGGAAACUGGUCCAUCUAUGCAGAAUGUCUGCUCAGUCAGUUUCUUUUGCACAAUAUGCGUCUGUAUGUAGAGGGCCCGGAGGAAAGUUUUCUGGGAGCAAGGUUGGGGAAGUGGAGAAGACAAACAAAAGCAUUCUAGAUCCUAGAGGUUUAUGCAGUUAAGAGGAGCUGUUCAGUAUAGAUUAUGGCUUUCAUUGGUAGUUUUACAUAAUAAAUCAUUGCUGGAUCCCAUGAAACUCAUUUUCCAUUACCUGAGCAUAGAUACCGAUAAUUCUUAUGAUACAAAAGUUAGCAAUGCUCGAUUUCUGAGACAUGUGACAGCUCUUACAGUUGGAGGAAAGUUGUUAGAAAUUCAAAUGCUGAUUCUUAGGCGUUGGCAGAAUUACAAAGGCAAAUUUCCAUUUUACAGAUGCCACUUGAACCAAUCUUGUAGACUUGUAAACAAGGACGUUGUAAGGUCGUCUUUGUUAAGUUGUGUGUCAGUCUAAGGAAGGGCACAGAGCUCCAGCUUCCUCCUGACUAGGGUGGAUUUGAGUGAGUGCAAGCCUACCUCUGUUUCUCUGGCACGUAACGGUGUGGAUCAUGAUGUUUAACCCACAUGCAUCAGUGCUGGUAUUUUGUAAAUCUGUUUAGAGCAUUUUAUUUCAUUUCAGAGAUUGUGAUUCAAUAUGGAUAAGCACAAACACAGUGUUAGGAAAAGUAAAUAUGCACUCUUACUGAAAGUAAAUUUUGACUCAUUAAGCUGUACACCUUUUAAAAAAGAAAAAGUCUUCAGGAAGAUGGUCCUAUUUUGUUAGAAGUUCCUGAAAUGUAUCAUUGUAUAAUUUCCUUCGAAGCAGCGGUAAAAGCCAUUUCCUCAGGAAAAAAAGGCCUAAUUGUAUUGCUUUCAUUGGCAAGUUUCCUAAAAUUUUAAGAAUCCCUAAAGGUUUUGCAAGUUAUUUUUAGAACUUAAUUACUAUGAAACUAUACAAUGAGAAAGCUUUAUUUGAGAGUUGUAGUAAAGCAUGAAUGCAAAUAUAAUUAUGACAUUCCAGCGAAAGCAUUUGGCUUUUUCUGAACGCACUGUAUAAGCAUGCACUGAGGGAGGCCAUGCGUUCCUCCUGCGCCCUGAAGCCCGUCCUCUUCUCACACUUCCUCUCUGCUCUGAGACAUGCAGACUCCCCACCAGCAAUGGGGUUCUGGAACCUUUUCAUAAAGGUUUUGCAUAAAUUCUUAUUUCUCUACUUCUUUUUCUUUGUUUCCUUUUUCUUUCUCUCUUUCUAAAGCAUGCGGACAUUUUAUUAAAAGAGGACAACUUUAAUCAUAUGUAUUAGAGGUAAAAAUGAGAACAUCUGGCGGAUGCUUUAGCAAAGUGCUAUUGCCCUUUACACAUACAGCUAUUGUUUUGUGGAACUGUGUAAUAUUCAGUAUGAGACUAUAGAAGAUAAAAUGUGCUGUUAAGAAGUAGUAAUCAAUGAAUGCUAAUGUGGAAAAGCCAGUAUAAUUUUGCAGCUGUUAUGCUAGUGUCAUAAUUUUAAUUAAAGUCCCUUUAGACUGCCUAUUCAAAUUAGCUUCAUAAUCAUUUUUUUAACUUUUAAAAAUUUUAACUGUGAUGAGGAUUAAUAGUAGCCAUCAUUUAUUGGCUUGAAAAGUGUAACUUCAUGGACUGUUAUCAGUGUUAAUCCCAUGUUUUGGAGCUUAAAUUGAUGGCAGUUAAAAAAAAAGUAGGUGUUUAUGAGAGAGGGUGGAGCCUGUAGUCAUCAUUAAAAGAAACAGUAGUCUACUUCAGAAAGAGGUUUUUCUGCCUUGCCUCAGACCAAAUGUGCCCGGUGUUUAAAAUAUUUGCUUGGAAUACUUAGAAGUAUUAAGCAUUAAAUAUUAAAUAAUGUGUGAAUCUGCUUCAGUAGUAAGAAGUAGGCUAAUAUACCUAUGGAAUUUUCUUGGCUAACAUACUGGUCUGCAGACUGGGGUUUUCCUUGCAAUCGGUUAAAUAGUUAUAAAUGACACCUUGGCAAAUUACUUGGUUUUAGCCUCCAAAUAUACAGUGUGAUAUGUUCUCAAAAUGUUGAUACUGGUUUAAGGUACCCCUAGCUUUAAAAUUAUGGUGCUAAAGCACAUAAUGGGAUACUUUUAAAGUUGUUCCUGCUUAGUUUUCUUUCCCUUCUUAAUGAUCCAUUAUAAAUUUAAGAGUUUUUGCUAAAAGAUGCUUAUUCCAUGUUGAAUUGCCAGGUAAAAGUGAACAUUAUAAGGAAGAAGGAAUUAUUAAUUGAGUAAGGAUUGCUUAUCAUGCUGGAAGCCUGAAACCACAUUGUAAUUCCUGUUGACACAGCUUUAAAUACUAGUAAUCAGUUUGUACUUUCUUCAUAAAGAUAAAAAGUAUUUUAAAACCCUUUGUGUAUCAUAGUUAAAGCUUUUAAAACAGGAAAGUAUCCAAAUGAGUGCUGGAUUAGAAUCUAUAUUAGAAUCUUCCAGAGUGAAAACAGAACACUAACAUCUGAGUAGCCAGAUAGCCUAGGUUUUAAAGAAAAUUGUCCCAUUGUUAACAAUAGCCUUUAGAGAGUUUUAAUUUUAAAGUAUCCCUAUUUUUUUUCAAAUAUUAUAUGCUGUUAAAAUUUUAAGUUUUCAAAAGUCUGUAGCUGGUAUACCUUUUUUUUUUUUUUAACAGUUUUUUGGUUGAGUAACUAUAUAACCUCCCUCAAAGACUUAGUCUUUGUCAAAGUUAGUUUUAGAAAACUGCCGGCAAGGUGAGGUUUAUGCCUGUGGUGAAGGUUGGAAACUAUAGAGUGGAUGCCCGCACUGUGGCAGGCAUUUCCAGGCUCUUCAUUAAAUGCAUACUUUGCAUCUUCUUUUAAAGGAAAGUAAAAGACUUUGAUAAACUUUGUUUUAAUUUUUGAUGCUUCAAGUGCAUGGUUAACUGAUUUUUUAAAAAUCUUAUUUGGUUUCUCCUGUUGUACUAAAAGUGAAUUUUUAUAUUAUUGAAACCUCAAAAGAUAAUCUACCCAGGAUGAACAAAGUAUCACCAAAUCACCAAGGGGAAAGAAGGCUCUUUUUUUUAUUUUAAUUUUUUUUUUUACUUUACAGGAAACAGACGUUAACAUGAUAUUAGGUGUAUUCAUGACAUUGGAUAUUGUAUGAGUCCUUGUCACAGGAAACAAAAUAGUUUUAGCACUCUUAGCAUUAGAGUUCCUUGACUGGUAUCUAUAGCUACAGAUUAAAAAUGUAUAUCCUGAAAACAAAGUUAAUUUUGCAUAAGAGCACACCAUGAUGUAUGUAAAAAGUGUCCAUUUGGUGUAUUUUUUUAAACAAAGAAAGCACUUUCAUAUUAUGAGUAGCAUGUGUAUGAAUUUACAUUUCCUUAUUUGUUGUGUCUAUUCAAUGAAGUAAAAUUGAACAUUCAACUGUUUGUUGAUGGCAACAUUGAUUAUUAAAGCACCUUAUUCUCUGCUGCUUAAACUUGCUUGUAAUUGCACCUUUGUUCCCUGCACAUUUUCACAUAGAUUAUUGUUGUAACAUUGCUCCAUGUGGGUCUGGAUGCAAGAUUCAUGGGCCUCCAGGAUCAUUUAUUUAUAUUGUUUAUAUUCAAUAAUAUAUUGUAGACCAGUUGUAAGUUCAUUUCUUUACAAAUAAAAGCCUCUUCCAUU